CGACCAACCAGGCUUUUCAGCAUCUCUCUGAUAUUUCCACUCAAUUGACUUCAUCGCCCCGUCACAUAGCCACCGCACAUCAUCAUUAUGGCACCAAUCACAAGUCCUCUUCAAAUCACCAAUCUUGAAGAUGGAGAGACAAUUCAUCAACGCUGCCUUCUUGUCACCGGAACAUAUGGGUUCGAAGCCGCUGAAGGAAGUUACAUACACGUAACUACCAAAGCAGCAAACAAAUCCGAAAACUUCCCAGAGCAGACAUGGCCUCUAGCGGGUGGCCACUUCAAGGCCAUGGUCAUGCUCUCUCCAGGAUUGAAUAGGCUCGAAUUCGCCUACAUCUGUAACGACUGCAUCGAACAUACUGUUGAGACGAACGUCAAUUACUGGCCUCUGAUGCAGUAUCCACCUCUCCAUCUCGCAAUCAUGGUUGCUUCUGACUCGCCGUGUCUCAUCGAUUGUCCUCCUAACAAGGCUGCUGGUGUGUCUUCGGCACACUCGGAUUUGGAUGCUGCCAUUGCCAAGCUUCGCAUGACUGCGUACAUGUGGCAAGCCAUGACUGCCGAAGAUUUGAGAAAACAAGGUAUUGGAAGACGCUCCUUUCGAUUGGAGGAGGAAUGGACUGCAGACACUGUUAGUCGCGAGUUUAUCAAUGCGCGCAUUGGCCAAACUCUCGCACAGGACGAUGCUAUACGGUCCACAGCCAAGAUCCACGUCAUCCGCUCUUCCAAGACAGUCAGGGAAAUUCGCAACGAGAAUAUUGCACAGCAGAACGACAGAGCUCGCAACAAGAACGCCCUUUUCGACUAUUUCAAGGAAGCGUUGACAGAUGCUGGGGGCCCGUUCGUUUCUGAUGCUCAGCCCAUAGUUGCUGGCCUGAUCUUGGACUCUCAGUACAGCAUGUCCAAAGGUCUUAUUCUCGGACACGCCGCCCUUGGUUGCCACGAUUCGCAUGGUAUAUCACUGGGCAUGUUUGGAAGCCACUUGACCUACUCUUGGCCGCGCUUUCUGGAAGAAGUUACCAGCUGUUUGAGCGACACACGCAAACCUGGAGAAAAGGUGGGCAACGAUAACAGACAGUGUACUACCUUAUGGGAAGCCUGUGCAAUUGGUCAGGGUGCUCACAUGCACGAAGUCGGUCAUGCAUUCGGCUCGCCGCAUCGCCCUGGUAUCAUGGAGCGAGGUUAUGCCCAAGAUUGGGUUAAGAACUUCGUCUCCCAAACCGCAUACUCGCGCUACCUGAAGCAAGAAGGCGUAGUUGUCGACCCGGAAAACACACCCAACAACGCACGCUGGGACCUAGCAGAUGCGCUCUCAUUCCGCAUGCUUCCCCAUUUCCGACUCCCUACCGACCCCAUCCUCAACGAAACAGCCCGAAAAGCAAAGCCCGACGUGAGCGUAACGCACGAAGACGAAGGAGGCUCCGCAACCCUCCACAUCAACUCAUACAGCGGCAUCGCGCGCAUAACCUUCAACAACACCGAGCACGAGCAGCCCGCAGAAUGGCUGCACAAGGCACCCACAACCAUGCAAUUCACUGAAGCCGAACUGGACCAGCGCUUCAACCGCACCGACCCGCUCUCCCUCCGCAUCCUCGCCUCCAACGGCCGCGAAACAAGCACAGCAAACGUGUGGAAACUCCUCGCCAGCAAAUCCUUCAUCCGCAUCCCCGGCUCCAGCAUUGUCCUCCGCAAACACCUCGCCUACUUGUCCUCCGACUCCGACGACCACUACCGCCCCGACGACCCCUACGAAUGGGCGCAGCUCCUGCGCGAGCGGGGCUCGGAUGGAAAACUCCACCGCGCCGUGUCGAUUGACCUGCGCGUCGGCUGUCUCUGGGACGGCGGCGUAGUCAAGUAUGCUGACGGCCAUGUCUCGCACUGGGGUCCGAUGCGCGUGUACGGGUCUACGCAUCGGUUUGGGGGCCACGCAUCCGAGAAGAUAAAACUUGCCGAGGAUGUGGAGAUUACGAGCGUCCAAGUUAAUCCGGAUGAGGGCGUCAGAGUGCACUUGUCGAAUGGGGAGAGUAAAGGGGAAUUGAAUGCGGGGGAUGAAGAAGGCGAGAUUGUCGAGGUGAAACCUGCUGCUGAUGAGAUUGUGGUUGGGUUUUUCGGCAAGAGCAGGCGCGGUGGGUUCAAUGGUGUGUGCGAGUUUGGGCUGAUUUGUGUGAAGAGGGAGGUUGGGUGGGAGGGUUUGCCCGAUGCGGUGUUUGGACUGGUUGAAGUGAGGAAUACGGCGGGGAUGGAGGAGGGAGAGGAGAAUGCACAGACGGAAGAUGAAGAUGACGACGAAGAAGAUGAGGAUGAGGAUGAGGAUAUGCAGGAUUGAAGUGUAUAAACCGCCUUCUUUUUUUGUAAUAAUUUCUAAUCUUAGGACUUUUUCCCCCCGCCCCCCCCCUUUUUUUUCUGAAUACAUGAUUCUCCCUGUCUUCACACGACUACUACUACAUAAUAUAUAUAUG